AUGACUCUCCAACAAUCCUCACACCCGAGUUCGAGUAACAUAAGCAGCCAGUAUAGCAUUACGGUUGUAAAUGAAGCUCUGCUGGCCAUGGCCAUAAUGAUGACCAUAUCAGCAGAUGGCAAAGAAAGCUCAAAAGAGUUUGGAUUGCUUAAGCAAGGUUCUUCGGGUUUCGAAAUUGAUGAUGACCCUUUUUCUGUGGCUAAGAAAGAAUUAGCAGCGGUUGAGUCUCAGUGUGAUGAUCACAAAAAUGUGAUUAGGGUCUUAGAACGAGCUCUGGACGAAGAGCAUGCUGGUCGUACUGCUCUGUACUUGGAGCUCGAGAAGGAGAGAAUUGCUGCUUCUACGGCUGCGGAAGAGGCUCUGGCGAUGAUACUGCGCCUGCGAGAGGAGAAGGCAGCCAUUGAAAUGGAAGCAAAGCAAUAUCUGAGGAUGAUAGAAGAAAAAGCCACAUUUGAUGACGAAGAAAUGAACAUUCUGAAAGAGAUUUUAUUAAGAGAAAGGGAAAAACUUUUCUUGGAGAAGGAAGUUGAAGCUUACAUGCAAAUGUUUUUCAACAAAGACCAACUUUACUGA